AUGACACACUUUAGUACAAUAGAAGAAGAGGCACUAAUUUAUGGUUGGGUCAUAGCAAGCAACGAUCCGAUUCAUGGAAAAGAUCAAAAAGGUGCAAUAUUUUGGGGAAAGAUAAUGGAAGAAUACAAUAAAAGAAAAGGUCCCAAUAGUGUCGAAAGAGAUAGAAAGGAAUUACGAACAAAGUGUAACACAUUGAGAGCCGAAGUGAAAAAAUAUAUUUCAUAUAUUAGACCCUACUUCCGAAGUAGACCUACGGAGAUGACCGAGGAGGAUUAUAUCCUGAAGACUUAUCAACCAGAUUACAAACCAGCGGUGAAUAAUGAUGAUGGAGUCGGUACUUCUACUAAACCUAGUCAACAUACUCAAGCUACUGAAGAAAAUGAAGUUGAUAAUUUGGAUGAAGAAUUUAAAAAUAUGGCAAGGUUUGGUAGCUCUUCAUAUACUCAUAAUUCUGAAACCUCAGACAUAUCAAAGAUAAGGUGUUAUUUUGAACAAACAGAUGACUUUAGAAGUGAAGGGAGAGAUCAAGCAAAGAAAAGGGCUCGUGAGGCUAAAGCAUCGCAUAAAUCAGAUGAAAAAUUGGAUAAACUCAUCGAACUUCUUGAAAACGCACAAACACAAAGAAUGGCAAAAUAUGAAACAGAGGAAGAGUAUCUGAAGAAGGACAUGGAAAACUCUUCAAUUUUGGCACAAACGGAGCAAAGAGAAUCGGACAUGAAAAUCCUACGUCAACCCUUGGAUGAAUUACAAGAAUGGGAGAAACCCGUCUACAAAAUAUGGAAGAACAAGAUUUUAGCUCGUCAUGGAUUACCACUUAUCCCCUAA